AGCGUAGCCCCUCUUUGUCCUCGAUCUCAAUCAUGCAGGCCCUCCUCCUCGCUCUCGCCGCGUCUUCCGCCGCGGCGCUCGUCGCGCCCAAGGCGCUCCCGCGGCUCCGCGCUCCCGCGGCCAAGUCGUCGAUGCGCAUGGAGCUCAUCGAGCCCGACAAGGACUUCCUCAUCGCGCCGUCGAUCCUCAGCGCCGACUUCGCGCGCCUCGGCGAGGAGGUCGUCAACUCGCUGUCCGCGGGCGCGGACGUCGUGCACUUUGACGUCAUGGACAACCACUACGUGCCGAACCUCACCAUCGGCCCCAUGGUCUGCAGCGCCCUGCGCAAGCACGGCGUCACGGCGCCCAUCGACGUGCACCUCAUGGUGUCGCCCGUGGACCGCAUCGUCGGCGACUUUGCGGACGCGGGCGCGUCGUACAUCACGUUCCACCCGGAGGCGAGCCCCCACGUGGACCGCACGCUCCAGCUCAUCCGCGGCGCGGGCUGCAAGGCGGGCCUCGUCUUCAACCCGGCGACGCCCCUCGACAUCCUCAAGUACGUCAUGGACAAGGUCGACAUCAUCCUCCUCAUGUCCGUGAAUCCCGGCUUCGGCGGCCAGUCCUUCAUCCCCGCGACGCUCGACAAGGCGCGCGAGGCCCGCAAGCUCAUCGACGCGUCGGGCUACGACAUCCGCCUCGAGAUCGACGGCGGCGUCUCGGGGGCCAACAUCAAGGAGGUCGCCGAGGCCGGCGUCGACAUGUUCGUCGCCGGGUCCGCGAUCUUCCGCGACCCCCGCACCGAGGAGGACUACAAGGUCACCAUCGACGCCAUGCGCGACGAGCUCGCCGCGGCCAAGGUCCCGGCGAACCUCGUCGAGAGCUAGGCGCCGCGCGCCCGCCCCGCGGGGACGCGCGCCGCGCCGCCGCCGACCGCGGGGGCCCGCUCGCUCGUAAGGCGGACCGCACUCGUG